GAUGUAGUUCAGAGGUGGCAGCUGGUUGUUGAUAUCGGUGUUAGCCCAAUAAAACUAUAUAAAAGUAAAGAGCAAGGUCCCAGUCCUUUCUAAACAAGGUGAUUUUGUAUUACAGAAGCAGUAUGCGCUUUAAGUGUAACUGCCUUGUUUGAGGAAAGGUUAAAAGAGGGAACAAGCAACGGUUAUUUCAUGAGAAUAUCCCCUGGGGAGUGUUUUUUUGGUUUUGAUGCCGUGAACCUGGAACUAUGCCCGCAGCCACUGUGGAUCAUAGUCAAAGAAUAUGUGAGGUUUGGGCCAGUAACCUGGAUGAGGAGAUGAAGAGGAUCCGACAGGUGACCCGAAAGUUCAACUAUAUUGCAAUGGACACAGAGUUUCCAGGUGUAGUUGCAAGACCCAUCGGUGAAUUUAGAAGCAAUGCUGACUACCAGUACCAGCUGCUGCGGUGUAAUGUUGACUUGUUAAAGAUCAUCCAGCUUGGCCUUACAUUUAUGAACGAACAGGGUGAAUACCCUCCAGGGACGUCAACAUGGCAGUUCAACUUCAAAUUUAACCUCACGGAAGACAUGUAUGCACAGGAUUCCAUUGAGUUGCUCACUUCGUCAGGUAUCCAGUUUAAGAAGCAUGAGGAGGAGGGUAUUGAGACACUGUACUUUGCUGAGCUGCUUAUGACCUCAGGUGUGGUGCUUUGUGAGGGGGUCAAGUGGCUCUCGUUCCAUAGUGGCUAUGACUUUGGGUACCUGAUUAAAAUUUUGUCCAACUCGAAAUUGCCAGAGGAAGAGGUUGACUUCUUCGAGAUUCUUCGUUUAUUUUUUCCCAUCAUUUAUGAUGUGAAAUACCUCAUGAAGAGCUGUAAGAACUUGAAGGGUGGACUGCAGGAGGUAGCAGAGCAGCUUGAGCUGGAGAGAAUUGGACCUCAGCAUCAGGCAGGGUCUGACUCACUCCUCACAGGAAUGGCUUUCUUCAAGAUGAGAGAGAUGUUUUUUGAAGAUCACAUCGACGACGCAAAGUAUUGUGGUCACUUGUACGGACUGGGUUCAGGCUCAUCCUAUGUCCAGAACGGCACCGGAAACGCUUACGAGGAGGAGGCAAACAAGCAGCAGUCAUGACACAACAAGAAUCCCUCACCAUAAACAACCUCAUAUACAGGGCUCAAAACUUGGGUUUUUAGUUGUUGUUGUUUUGUUUCAUGAAAGAUUUGAUAGGAUUUUGCACUUUAAAGCUCCCAUCCAACAGAAAAAGAAAAACUUCUUCCCUUUGUUGCCUUCUCUGGGUUCAGUCUUUUCACACAAUGUUCAUCUUUUGUGGUUAAAGAAGAGGAACCAUUUGGUGUUUUAGUUUUGCCCCCCCACAGCUCAGCCUUAAUAUUAAGCUACUUUUUAUGUUCUUUUUUUAACGUUAAUUUAUUGCAUUCAUUUCUUCUUGUGUAUGGUUGCGUAGUUCAUCUACUAAUUUGGCAAAACCGAGUACCUACGUGAACUGUCGUUCCCUGAUCACAGGAGUACUGAUUUCUCACUCUUUGCAAUAGCUUUAGGCAGAUGGAGGAUCUCACACAGACACACAGGUAAAUACAGGCACUUAAUUGUAAAGCAAAGCCUUGCACUGAUUUUACCCUUCAUGUUGGGUUAGCACAGAUUUUACCACACAAGUAAAUUAAGAGUGAUGAUGUAACUGCCACUAAUUAAGUGAACUGAGGUCACCUCAUACUUCUGGAUCAAGAUUGUCUUUCCAUUUUCAUUUUUAAAAGAAAUUUAAAGGUUUUGUAGUAUUUUAGUAGCAACGACGUUCAAAGCCUUUUAUUCAUUUAAAAAAAAUAAUGCCUCUUAAAAGAAAUCUUAGCCAACUCAAGUACUCGGUAUCAGUGGAAUUAGUUUUACUUGUAGUGCUGGUUUUUGAACGGUGCACAUUUUGUGCUGUUUGGGUUUUUCCUCCCUUUUCCUCUCUUUUUGUAUUGCUUUACAAUUCUGUGUUGCCUAGAUCUGCUGCAUGUACUGAAACGUUUGAAUAAAUGCUGUGUUAACUAAUCUGAGCUUUUAUAGAUAUGUGAAUCGCAUGAACACAGCUUGUCCCUUUUUUUUCUUUUUCCUUUUUUUUGAAUGUCUGAUCUGGUGAAUGAUGAUUUUCGUAGCUCUUAACCUCCCUCCUCCCGUUUGUCUAUCAUCUUGAUGUGUACAGUAUCCACAUUGGUAUUAUGCAAUAUAAAGAAUGACUGUUUUUAGAACAUUUGGAAAUAAAAGCCUGAUUUUUCUAACAUA